AUAAGUACGUAUUUAUAACCACGAAACGAAAAAAAGAUUGAAAUCCACCUGCUCCACUCGUGCUGCUGAAGUAUGUAAAUAAAUAACAAAAACAAAAUCAGAACACAAAUUUGAAACUCCUCGUUUCCAAUAGACGUACGAAGUUACGAAGGAACAGUAUAUUUAUCCAUUACCUGAGCUGUGUUCCUUCUCAAUUAAAUCAUGUCGCAGUCCCUGAUUGCUAAUUCCCAGGUUGACAACGAGGUACACGAUUUUACCUGGAAUAUCAAGAAUUUCGAUUUUAUCUCCUACAUCCGUAAUCGGUCCGUCCUGAACCAGCAUGUUUUCUCAUUCACAGUCGGCUCCAGCAUAGACAAAGUCUCGACCUGGAAACUUUUCUUGGCGUACGAUGCCGCUGAAAAGUCUCCUGCGCUAUUCUUGCAGUUGAUAGAAUACGCUGGUACCGAUGAAUUUCCCGUCAUCCUAGAAGUCUACGUAGACAAUGGGAUCAAUGAACAAUUUAAAUUGAAAAGAGCCACCAUCCUGUUCACCCCGACCUCAACAGAGCCCAUCAAGUGUAAUUUCAUAUGCUUCAGCAGAAAAGGGAAAUCGACUUCAUGGACUUUGACCUCCUUGAACAAUGAAGACGCAAAGAUUUUCUCGCUGAAGACUAUUUUUCAAAAACUUUCCGGCUCCGAGUUGAAGCUGAGAAUCAAGUUUCAGAUUUUUGGUAAAUACAGCUUCACGACUUUUGGAAAGGAUUCGACGUCAUCUACCAUUUUGGAGAGGGAGCAAGCAAAAAGUCUCCAGCGUCAUCGAAAAGUCGCACUUUCCUUGCUGGAAAGUGGGGAUCGGGCCGAUGUGACCUUUGAGACGAAGGAUGACCAACGCAUCGCCGCACACAAGUUCAUCCUUUCCAUGCAGAGCAAUGUUUUUGCAGCCAUGUUCGCUACCGAGAUGAAAGAAAAGACUGAAGGUGUCGUCAAACUGGAUGACAUGGGGGGCGACGGGCUCAAAGUAUUUUUGAAGUUUGUAUACACUGGAGAACUUGAUGAAAAGUGGAACGAAUUUUAUGACGAGGUUGUCUACGCGGCCAACAAGUAUCAAGUGCAAUCCUUGAUUGACAUGUGCCAAGAGAUGCUUCCGACUCUGGUCUCGUGGGACAAUUGCUUCGAGAUCUUGAAACUUGCCGAAUUACACGAUUUGGCUGCUGCCAAGAAGAAGGUUGAAAAUUUUAUAAAGAGUGACCCGGACAAAAUGCUGCAGUUGUUACGUGAAUCGCCAUCUUCGAAGCGUCCUCGAUUUACAUAAUUUUUGAUGAAAUUUUUGUCACAAAAAUAUCGCUUUGUGUACAUAUUUAUUUGACAAGAUAGGUUAUGAUUUACGUUAUUUUUUACGUUUCUGAUUUUUGGUUCCGUUUGAUGAACUUUAAUUCGCUAUUGAAUAUAAUUUCUUUUUAUUUUUUCCUGGGCAUUAGAAGUUUAUAUUUUUGAUAUUUUAGUGUGCUCUGUUUUCCUUUGUGUUACUUUUAAAUAUGAUUUAUGUGUGAUAAAAUGUUACUUACUAUGCAAUUUACGUAAUUACAUAAACUUAUAACACCCAGCAAACAAAAGACUUAAUUCUCAUCGCUUAUGUAAUUUUCAAGAGGUACGUAAAUUCUCUCGUCAAUUAGUAUAUACAAGAUUUGACACACCUCUAUUUUUCAAUUAAAAAAUGGAUUCUCUUUCAUAUAAAUUAUGGAUUAAAAUAAAGUUAAACUUUUAAAUUUUAUUCUUAAGCUUAGUUUGAACAAAUAAUAAUAAAUAAUCCCAUGUUGUGGUUAGCCAAAUAAUUAUUAUUUAAAUAUUGUUUAAUCGACAAUCUUAAUUUUAAUAAAUAGUUUUUUAACAUGAUUAUGGGGUGCUUAAGAAGUAUCCGGAAUUUUUUAAGCGUCACGUGACUCCUAAUUUUUUGUUUGAUGUUUUGACAUAACUCGCUACUCGAUCCCAGUGUAGCUUGAAAGAAGGGUAUACGAAUGGGCUGACCGGACAGUUUGUUGUGAUUAGCAGUUUUUUGUAGCUCAUACCUCAGUAGUAGUGUAUAACAAAUUUUUUAUUUUUGAAUUAGUUGAUUGCUUAUGUACAUAAUUUUCAGGAGGUACGUAAAUUCUCUGGUCAAAUGACAGCUUUAUUUUUUGAAUUUUUAAAAAUAUGUAAGUUCUCCUUCCUACAAAUUAUGGAAUACAAUAAAGUUAAAAUUUUCAAUUUUAUCAUUAAGCUUAAUUUAAACAAAUAAUAAAUAAUGUCAUUUUUAUGGUUACCCAACUAA